CAAAGUUUGAGCGAAGCACACUUGUGAGAUUUGGAAGCUGUUUUUUUUUUCCAUGACGAUAAUACGUCAGUUGAUAUUUUCAAGUAAAUCGGACGUGCUUUCGUUAGACGAGAGCUUUCAUUAUGACGCAGGAAUGCGUGCGCAAUUCACGUAAGAUUCACACACACACACACACACACAUUUAUUUUACGUUAGCGCGCAUGCACCUACCGAGUUGAUACUUGGUAGACAUGACAGGUGCUCGUCUGCUCUUCGACGAUUACGUUCGAUCGAGAAAACAUCCCGAGGGCGAACCCUUUAAUUGGGGAAUAGUUGAUCGAUUCAUUAUUUUAUCACGAGGCCUGCUCCUUAGGCUUCCUCUGAAAAAUUGAGGAAUAUUGUGAAUGAAAGUAUGAAUGCGCAAGAAGCAGAGGUGGAGAACCUUAAGCAGCAAGGAAAUGCAUGUGUUAGGGAGAAAAAGUAUCAAAAAGCAAUGCUUCAUUACUCACACGCAAUUAAGUUAGACCCAAAAAAUUAUUCUCUCUACAGCAACAGAUCCUUUACCCUCUUAAUGAUGGAACGGUAUCGUGACGCCUUGAACGAUGCUCUUAUGACUAUUCGACUAAAACCUGACUGGUCGAAAGGUUACUUUAGGAAAGGCGAGGUUGAACUGAAAUUGUCCUCCUAUAAUGAAGCGCUUGAAUCUUAUAACAAAGCUCUGUCCUUGCAACCAAACGAGCCUAAGAUUUUAGAAGCGAUGAACAAAGCGUCUAGGUCAUUGAUUAAAGACAGAAGAGCUGAUCAACAAAUUCCUUGGCUUGGAGCUGGCGUUGGUAUUAUAUUGGGAGUUACAGUUGUAAUCGCCGACUAUGUUUUUACAAACAAGCCUACUCUAACGCAUCCUCUGUUGAUGGCGUUGCUAACGAUGUCUGUAGCUAUGAUUGGUUUUGGCAUCGCAAAGGGACUUCGUUACUUCCUAAAACACCAAAGAAAGUCAAUGAUAGGAGACUUUUCUCACUGCUUGUUAGAAGAGGCCAACGAAUUGGAUGAUAUCUAUGUGAAAGAAAGCACAGAUACAAAGAAAAAAGUGCGGUAAAGUACAAACGUAGCAACGAGUCCGUAAAGAAAAAUCACAAGUGUUUUUGAUAAUUUAUUUGAAUCCACUUUCAAUAAUUUAAAUUAAGAAAUAACAUAACGUUUCAAUGUUAUUGAUAUAUAAAGUAACAAAUGGAUAAAACUAAUAUUUGACUAUGACAACUGUCGUUGAAGGUGUUCUUCAUUGUGAUAAAAGUGAUAUAUUUUAUCAUAUUAUACAUAUUAUAUUAUUUAUAUAUUAUUUUUAAUUUUACAAAAGAAUGUGUAAAACGAUAUUUACAUUGAAAAUGAAUUAACUCUUUAUUAAAUUUAUACGUUUCUUCACAGUAUGUGAUGAAUAAGUUUAAUAGUUUGUAUCUACAAACUGCAAAAGAUAACUGCGAUGAAACAUAAAUUAAUAAUUGAUACAUUGUUAGUAUACUUAAUUAUCAUGUGACGAAAUAUGAAUGUAUUCUCUAAGAAGUAGCAUUUGUUCGAAAUGCUAAUAAGAAUUUCAUAUUUGCAUCACAUUCGCAUUCCUUAUAACUUAGAAACUUGAUAAGAAACAUUGUCUUUCGUCAUUGAUUCUUAUACAACGAAGUAUAACGGUGACAGCUUAACAUUAAGAUAAUACGCCUGCAUGCACGCGCGCGCGCGCGUGUGUGUGUGUGUGUGUGUGUGUGUGUGUGUGUGUGUCGUAUGUUUUUCUACUUUCUGCACUUUAUAAUAAAUCAAGCGUGAUUGUAGAGUAUCUUUUAAAAUUGAGGAUUAAAUCCCCGAUUGGGAUUAUUUAAAAUGGAAUACUUAAAUAUAUCUAUUUAAAUUUUCUGCAUUGCAGUAA